AUGGCAGAUAAGGGAAAGGUCGACCUGGGAGGUGCGCAAUUUGCGUCGCACAAAUGGGCAGAGCCGGUCUUUGUCGUUACCGUUAUGAUUGGCUCUUUGAUCAUUAACCGUCGCAAAAACUUCAGUAUCCUUCGAGGAGAUCUCAAUGCCCGCUCUGGAACUUUGACACCUACGAAUGAAGGACGUCCUAUGCUCUCCGACAAUGAAGGUCACGCGACACGACUUCAAAAACGCACCUGCUUGGGCAAGGAAUUCGACAUGCCCGAUUCUUCAGCUUGCGCCGAUUAUUUGCACAGCAGAAUUUUGCAAAAGUUCCCUUUCCUGGUAGAAAUGUUUUACUGGGCUCUCAACUAUGCAGCAUACAGUUUCACAAAGGCCAUCGCCGCUUCUCUCUAUGCGACAAAGGACGGCGUCACGGAACUUGCUCAGGAACACGGAAUCAGCAUUCUUAACUUUGAGCACAAGUCGAUGUUUUCCAUCUUUUUCCCUAUCAGUGAAGUGGCUUUCCAAUCCUUCUUCACCACCGGUCACCCAGUCAUUUUGACGUUCUUCAACCGAAUUUACUCUCUGGUUCACAUUCCUGGAACUGUCACUUUCCUUUCAUGGUAUUACUAUGCUGCUCCGGAUCAUGCAACUUUUGCUGUCGCUAGACGUACCAUGACGCUGGGCAAUUUUGCUGCUUUCUUCGUCUUCUGUUUCUACCCUUGCAUGCCGCCACGCCUUUUGCCAAAGGAAUUUGGCUUCCACGACACUGUCCGUCAAGAUCAUGCCGAGAGUGUCUGGGUUGGUGGUAAGAACGUCAAUCAGCUUGCAGCCAUGCCCAGUCUUCACUUUACCUACGCAUUCGUAAUUGGCUGCACUUUCAUCUACCACUCUGGCAUCCAUUGGCGUUCUGAGCUGCAACAAUCAACUUUCAGCAGAUGUCUUUGGUUGUUGGCUGGACUUUGCUACCCUUUGCUGGUUCUGUCGGUCAUUGUUGCAACUGCCAACCACUACUACCUUGACGCUGUUGUGGCUCUCUUGACCACUUCUAUUGCGUUCUUCAUCAACAGAAUUUGGAUGCUUCUAUUACCAGCAGAGGCCGUGCUGUGCUGGGUGUUGCGCCUGAAAAAGCCUGUUCCCACCACUGGACAACGUCUGGAAACAUCCAAGAAGAUGAAGGAAGACGAGAUCGACUAUCGUUAUGAGGUCGUGUAG